GCCGUGGCGACGGGCUGCUGCGCGCUGGCGUGCGCGGCGGCGGCGGCGCGCGCGGCGCGGCGAUCGUCUCGCAGGGGGCUCAUCGCGCGCGGGGCGGCGGCGGCGGAAAAGUCUGCAAGGGGUGCCCGCGCGCCCGCGGCCGGACGCGCGGCCGUCGCGCAGGCGGCGCCGCAGCUCGUUACCGACGUCCGGCCAGACGUCGGCCCGAAGGGCACGUACCAGGUCGGCAUCGAUUUCAAGAACUGGCUGCAGUCCUCCCAGGACUGAGACGGUGCAGGCCGACAACCUGCGGGUGGAGGGCAAGCUGCCCGCGUGGAUGCGCGGGAGCCUGGUGCACGCUGGGCCGGCCAAGUUCGAGUUCGGGCCCGACGAGUUCGUGGAUUGGGUCGAUGGGCAGGCGAUGCUCUACCGGAUCCGCAUCAAAGACGAUGGCGCCUGCGAGUACACCAACAAGUGGCUCGACACCUCGAACCACCGCGCUCAUCGCGAGGGCGGCCGCAUCUCCGUCCGCGAGACGUGCUCUCGGCCCUCUAUCGAGAACUUCUGGGAGCGUAUCGCGUACAUGUUCCAGCCCCCUGACAACGAGAAUGGCAACCUGCACAUCUCGCAGUGUGCAGGCAACUCCAGGUGCAUAUCCAUGUCCGUGGGCUCCUCACUGAUGGAGUUCACGCUGGAGGACCUCAAUACGGUCGGCAAGGUGAACUUCCAGGACGAUCUCGCUGAGCUUGGGCCUCUGAUCUUCCACGCGGAGCCGCAUGUCGAUCACAUCACAGGCGAGUGGUACACGUGCGCAAUCCAGCUCAAGAUCAGCCCAGAGGACAUGGGUCUGAAGCCCGAGUACGUGGUCUACUCCAUCCCAGCCGACACGCAGCGGGAGCCCGGCGCCCCGGUCUACCGCAGGCUGAUCACCCGGGUCCAGUCGGACUACCCGUCGCCGGUGCACACAAUCGGGAUCACGGACAGAUUCUUCGUCAUGAUCCAGAUCCCGUACCCGCUCAACUGGGACGGCAUGAUGAACGCGGAAGGCAAGUGGUUGAUGACCGGCAAGUACGAGGGGAACCUGAACGAUUACAACACUUGGCAGCCGGAGCGCCCGACGCAGAUCCGGUUGAUCGACAAGGUGACGGGCGAGCAGAUGCCCGUCUUCGAGACGUUCCCCUUUUUCUUUUUCCACGUCAUAAACUGCUUCGAGGAGAAGGGCGGCGCAGACGGUUCGCACAACUGCGUCUACAUCGACGUGGUCUGCUACGAGGAGCCGCCUGUGGGCUUCCCCCUGCGCCAGGCGCGCAGCGGCGACGUGGAGGACUGGCGCGGCGGUGGGGGCGAGGUGAAGCGCUUCUGCCUGGACCUGACCAGCGGCGAGUGCACCUGGACCGGCUGGCCGGACAACUGCUUCGACGAGCCGAAGAUAAACCCGAAGGUCUCUGGGCAGAGGCAGCGCUUCAGCUACGGCGUCAUCGACGACAACGGGAUGCUGCGCCUCACCAAGCAGGACCACGAGACCCACGAGGUCGUCAAGUGGGCGAGCCAGGACGUCUCGCGCGAGCUGCCCUGGCAGCCCGUCUUCGUGCCCAUGCCCUACAGCGACAAGGAGGAUGCUGGCGCGCUGCUGUCCUUCGUGCGCGACCAGCCCACGGGCAACACAUUCUGCGUCGUGCUCGACACCGAGACGUUCGAGGAGCACGCGCGCAUCCACUUCCCCGAAGGUCACCACGUCCCUCUGCACGGACACGGGCACUGGAUGCAGGGGCAGUUCUAG